CCUGUACGAGCAUAUUAAGAACCCACAGUAGACAAUAGCCGGCUAAAUAUAGAGCCAAAACAGUCCUAAUUGGCUAAGGGGGAACCCGCCUCUUGUGUUCUGCGUCCUGAUUGGCUGUAGACCAUUGUCAAUCAAUCUCCUUUAUUCCGUUUCCCGUUGUGGUCAAUAGUCACGAGCAAACUAGCUAAAUGUGUGAACUGCUUGUUAACCGCCAAAAAAAAUAGAAGAAAAGGAAGAAGCUAAACGUCUAAAUUAAUCUUCGGUUCAAGGAGUAGGACGACGACUGCAGGAGCAAUAUGUUUUAACAAGAAUAGAAAAAUGCUACAGCCAAAUGGCGACAGGACAAGUGAAUUUGCGUGAGUCAGUUAAUAAUUUCUUGUGUUCAAUCUACUAGAUUGAUCAUUCAAAUUCAAACAAAAUGUGAGAAAAUGUUAAAGCAUGUCUGACAAAAGUGUAUAAAGUUGUUAGGGGUGAUUGUUAGGGGUUUUAUAGCCUUAAAACAGACGUAAUUAUUUCAAACAAAUAAAGUUGGUUACUUCGCACUUAUUGCGGGCUAUUUUGGGAACCUAAAUUACAGUACAUCACUCUCACAAACAAUAGGUAAGUCCCACGUGGCAGACAUGAUUGUUUUGGGUUUGGCACGCCUGCGCAGUGUGAAGGAAAGGAAAGUGGGUGGGAGACGCUUGCUACAGGCUGCAUCCUGCAGUAGUGUGGGACACAGGUGAUCGGCUUUUGUAAUGAGCGUUGAAAAGCAUUUAUCGGCAUAUGCGGAUCACAUGCUUUUUCACGGAAAUCGGACGAUUUUGAUUUGUGGCCGAUCGAUUGAAGCAUCCCUAUUAAAUGCAUAUGUUCCACUUCCAACAUGUUCUAUUACAUUUUUAAAAAUGACUGUUCAACAGAAAUGUUUUUUUUCUCUUCGUUUCAAUCAAGAUAUUUAAAAAUAACACAUUUUAUAGCUGUAAUUUUAUAAUAUCGUGGAUUUCAUACCACUCCAUGCCUAAACAGGUUGAAACAGUUCCGGUGCUGAUACGGUGCCUGAACCGGUACUUUAAAAAUGGAAAACAUACAAAUUUUACAUUACAUACAUUAAAGGGUCACUUAUAUACUCUAUGAUUUAUCCACUUUGCUUAAAUAUGUUCUAUCAUGUAUUAUUAUUUUUUUUAAGCGAACGUUAAAUUAGUAAAAAAUUACAUUUUUGUACCUGGCGGCCGCCUUGUUGGUCAGAAGUCGGCAGAAAAUACCUGUUUCUCAAGUGACGUCGGCAAAGGUGCAGGUCUCAUCUUAGGCAGAGUAAACAAACAAUGUUUACAGUGAUUAUAGCAAAGAUUUGAGCAAUGUUUCAAUAAUUUUCGACGGGGAAGAAACAUCUGGAGAUGAAAUAGAGAACUUGCAGAACAUGGAAUGAAGCCGUAUUUAUUUGAACCACCGACAAUGGGACUACAUAUCUGAUGCCGAGGUGUCCGAUGACAAAGACAUGGAGGUGAACAUUGGUCGGCUUCAAAAACAAAAUGGUUGACCCAUGACAUCAGCCUGGGUGAGUUUGAAGAUGAUGACCUGUCAGAGAUUACAGAGAUCACAGAUGAGCGAGGAAUGAGCCUUAACUGCAAUGGCCCAGAUGUAAAGGGCCAUGUGAGACGAGGGACCAAUAGCAGGCCGGGGAGGGCAGAGCUUGGUGCCGUCGGUCAGCUCCAGGCUGAAAUGCUACAUUUGGACCUCAUUGACGGUGCUGACGGUUACCGCGGUGACAAAGAGUCCUCCAAGGCCUCCAUCGCACCUCCGCUGGUCACCAAGGACCCAGCAGUACCGGUUACCAUGGAUACCUACCGGCCCAAGAGACCUACAACCCUUAACCUUUUUCCAAUUGUGCCACGCACACAGGACACACUAAAUAACAACUCAUUUGGGAAGAAGUACACAUGGCAGGAGAAAGUUUCGGGCUCAUCCUCACCUCUCAAAACCGGCGAACUAACGCCUCCACGUGAGCACAGCUGCUUGAGCGACGAGGACAAGGUGCAGAGUGGCGGCGCACAGACCAAAGACAGAGGCACUUCCACCGACGCCCCCUGCAGGCACACACACACGUCCGGACGUUCGCAAAGCUGUACAACAGCGGCAGUGACGCGGCCAAAGUUUCAGGAGAAGCCACCCGCGCCGCCACCGCCGCCUCAGAAUUACAAACCGGCUCCUCUUUAUCCAGCGGGAAAGGUGGAUGGAGGUGGCCAUCAACGGGAGAGGAUCCAGUACCACUCAGACACUCAUCUGGAGCCCACAGACGAGAUUUAUCUAACUCCAGUACAGCGCUCUUCUGACCCCUUGGAGCCUCCUUGCACACAGGACCGUCCUUUCCUCUCACAGCAGACUGAGCAGGGCCGCAUGUCCAUUAGCUCUGAUACAGAAGGCCCACCUCCUUACCAGCCACUACCAGAUCGGACCAACCCCUCUAUCUACGAAGAGGAAGAAGUCUACAUCCCCCCACCUUCUUAUGCUUCCUGUGUGGAAUCACUCAUUACACCACCUAGCAUGGCUCUGUCAGGUCACUCUUCCCUAGCACUGGACCUCAGUUUGAAGGGGUCAAGAACAGGUGCGGGGGCAAUGUUGAGAGCUGGUUCAUCAGUAGAGUAUGUGGACGCAACAGACGACAGCUACUGCGGGGAGGAUGAGGAUGUGGACAGAAUAAUUAUGGAUGGAAGAACGAGGAAGGUGGGAGGAAAGGUGGAUGGCAGUAGCAGCAGGGCUGCUUUUCUACGAACUUCCAUGAGCUCUGACGCCAGCGGCUUGUCAUACGACUCUGUCAAAUACACGCUGGUGGUAGACGAGCACGCGCAGCUAGAACUUGUUAGUUUGCGCCAGUGCUACCAAGGUUAUAGCGACGACAGCGACUCGGCCACAGUCUAUGACAACUGUGUCUCCUCUCCCUAUGAGUCUGCCAUCGGGGAGGAGUACGAGGAGGAGGACGAGGAGGAAGGUUGCACCCACCUGGGCGGAGUGAGACGAGAGGCCACAGCUUGUUUUUCUGAAGACUCGACGCCAGACGUCGACCUGCAUUUCUCUAAGAAGUUCCUCAACGUCUUCAUGAAUGGACGCUCUAGCUCAUCAAGUGCAGAGUCUUUUGGCUUGUUUUCCUGCAUCAUAAAUGGAGAGGAACGGGAUCAGAGUCAUAGAGCCGUCUAUAGAUUUGUCCCACGGCACGAUGAUGAAUUAGAGCUGGAAGUGGAUGACCCAUUGCUGGUGGAGGUCCAAGGGGAGGAUUACUGGUAUGAGGGCUACAACAUGAGAACUGGUGCCCGAGGGAUCUUCCCAGCUUACUAUGCUAUAGAGAUGACCAAGGAAGCAGACAGCUUCAAAGCAAAGAGCAGUGAAUGGAUGGACAGGUAUCGGCUGAAGUUCUUGGGCUCAGUCCAAGUGCCCUACCACAAAGGAAACGAUGUGCUGUGUGCAGCCAUGCAGAAGAUUGCCACCAACAGAAGAAUGACAGUCAAGCACAACCCACCUUCUUCCUGUAUCCUGGAAAUCAGUGUGAAAGGAAUUAAACUGGCUGUUGAGGAGGAUUAUUACACCUGCCAGGGCAGCAACGAGUGCAGUCACUUUUUCCAGUUAAAGAACGUCUCCUUCUGUGGUUAUCACCCCAAAAACUGCAAAUAUUUUGGUUUCAUAACCAAGCACCCGGCAGACCAGAGAUUCGCCUGCCAUGUGUUCGUGUCUGAAAACUCCACCAAGCCUGUCGCAGAGUCAGUAGGGAAAGCCUUCCAGUUCUACUAUAAAGAGUUUGUGGAGUUUUCAUGCCCCACAGAAGAUAUCUACUUGGAAUAGCCUAGUCCUGCCUUCAACCACAGCCCUGUACAGUACACUGUAUCAUAACAUGAUGUUGCAUGAAGGACACAUCUAAAAAAUUAACAACACAUCUGAUGAACAAGCAGGAAAAAAAGUGGAAGGGACUACAGUAGAUCCCUGCUAUUCACGUUCCUAGACCCCCAGUGAAUGGUGAAAAAACGCGAAUAACAGACGCAUAAAAAGCCUAAAAAAUAUGCCUCUCACAUUUUAAGGCACGUUUUACACUUUACAAGCAUACAGCAUACGGCAUUGUAUGUACAAUGACACAACAUCACGUCUUGUCAAGGCAUCUUCCUGCUGGAAAAUGUUGAGUGAAUUGACUUGUGAGAACGCACCCUCUGUUGGAUUAAUAGCUACAGCGCUUUUUGUUGUUGUUUUUUAAAUCUAAUUAUUAACAACCUAAGACUGUGAUGUGCGGGGCAGCGAAUGCCGAACCGCGAACAAGCGGGGAUCUACUGUAAUAUUCAAAAGGUUUGUGUGGUGCGAGGAGGUAAGAAGAAGCCAAGAGAGUGUCAAGAAAUAUGCAAAAUGGCGUCAGUGAUGAUGAGGUGAUCACAGGCUGUCCAUGAAGAGCACACGUCACUGCAGCAUUUGCAGUGCUCGUCAACUAAGUAGCAGUCACCUCAGCAGGUGGGAACUGAACUGCCUUGUAGUUGCACUCAUUUCAAGAAAACGUGUGGUAUUAGGAGAUGUGAUACAAGUCAACAGGGGGUGACUUUUUCUGUGACCUUGAAUAAUUAGAGGGCAUGUAUCAACCAAUGAACAUCCUUGCAUUAAAGAUGAUCACACACAAAUCAACACGACAACAAAAGAGCAGGCAGUGAGUUAGUAAGCAGUGCUUUUGGUUCCAAGCAUCUCUGAAGCGCAUACUGGGAAAUAAGUAGUAGCGGUAAACUACCAAACAAAUAGACACCGAAUUGGUGCCAUUUGCUUUUUAGAACUCUCACAAAAUGAACUUCAGUUUCUGUCUUUUUUUAAAACUCUACAUCUGAUAAUACACAUUAAAAUGUGUAUUGGCCCAUCUCAGGCAAUUUUGUUUCAUUUUUGUAUAUUUCAUUGUAAAGUAUUAAUUUUAGGACAUGGGGGGCAGGCAACACAUUCUAUAAUGUCAUUGUCCAAGGUAGCUAAUCUUUAAAAUUAUAUUUAUUCAAUACGCAAUCGGAACAAUUUGCACGACACUUCGCUAAAAAAAACAUUUUAUUAUGCAUUUAUUCAUUUUGUUUCCUGGCACUGAUAUGGUCAAAUGGUUUAAAAUCGAUCACCAGGGAUUGCAAGUAAGUGAACAUAUGCUAGCCAUCACAUCACUGAAGACUUUAUGGCGUUUCAGUCCAAAACUCAGAUAACUCUUUCAUAAUCCCGCAGGGCACUUGAAGGAGCGUUCAGCUGCUUUUUAGAAUCGGUGUAUUUUUCUUCAUUGUCUUGUUACAGCAUGACAUCACAAAAGGUGUUCAAAUAAGCAAUAAUGUGGUCCGAGCUUGCGUCGGACAGAAGAUUCAUCCCAGGUGGCAUUUUGACAUCAUUUCAAAGUCAAAAUCAAGAAGUACACAAAGAUACAGCAGACCCUCUGCAGCAGGUACAUGGGAGCAGAAAACUUCACUUGUAGUGCCUCUUUUUCAUUGAGCAUUGGGACCUUCCUCCAUCGUUAUCACAACAUUUGAAGUGAUUCUAAAUGAUGAUGCUAUUGAGUGUGUUUUGAAUGCAGAUUGUGAUGUUAGUGUGUUUGGUGUGAUUUUUUUUUUCCGCACUGCCCCUAUUGUGCUUCACUGCAACAGUGCAGUAUGUAUUGUAAAAUCUACAGAGUGUAUGAAAACUCAAUUCAAAGCCGGGACUCAUAGCAUGCCUUCUUUAUAAAUAUGUUUCUGUUUGUUUUGGAAUGAAGGUAAUCAGGACACAAGCCAAAGGGAAGGGUGAAUGACAACACAGUUGUUCUGCAGUGGGGACAAAAAAACAGAUUUCUACAUCUUCUGUCAGGAACGCUCAUUUGUAAGAGAUAGUUUUAUGGGAUCUAUAUUUAACACAGAAUGUUUCUAAAACAGAUAAUUCUCGAUGGAGGAUGUGGCCAUCUCACAGCCCCCUCUGUUGAAGACAUUGAACGUUCAAGAAAUGAAAAAAAAUCUGCUGUUGCUGCUGAUGUUGCAACUUUAUAUCUUUUCCAAGAGCCAGUCAAGCAAGACAGUGGGGGCUGCAUGAAGGGUGUACAAACAUGUCACAUAGAAAUUAUUUAAUAUCUAAUUAUCAACAUUGUAUUAAUUCAAUUGAGUGGGUGGAAUUUCGCUUUUUUUGAUUUUUUUUUUUUUAGGUGAGAAUUCUUUAUUUAAAAAUGUAAGAACUCUUGUGUCUUGUUUUUAUUACAACACUUGCAUACCCCCACACAGGUGCAUCAUAAUAAAUGGCAAUAUCUUUCAAAUAGGCCAAUUCAAAAAGUGAAACGCUUAUAAUCUAUAGAUUCACAGAGCAAAAUAUUUAAAGAACGUACAACUAGGUUCUGCGCAUGUGCAGAACGCGUCUACAUCCGGUCAUCCUAUUUUUCGUCAGUCACGUGUUAGGCAUGCGUAAUCUACACCAUCCAGCCAUCUAUUUUACAGCAGCAAGCAAUAUACGCCCCUCUUCCGCUACCAAAAACGUUAGUAAGAGAGAUAGAAAUUUGAGAAAUAACAUUUUUUUUUCUUCUAUCAUAUCCAUGGUGCAAGUGGACAAUUUAUAAGCCCUCUCUUCUAUGUUCCAUAAAUUAUUUUACGGUUUUUUUUUCGCCACUGAAGAAAUACACACAAAAGCAUUUGCUAGGAAGAUAUGUUUGGAUGGAUGGUAUGUCCACGUUUAGAAAAAAAUACUCUAGAUUAAUCCAUCAUUGCACUCUACUUAUGGUUGUUUACAUUGAAAUAUAACUGCAUUUGAUGUGUUCUAUUCUCUAUUCUCUUUGUAUGUUACACGUUAGCGGAUAUGACGUUCACGACUGUGCUACGUACAUUGCGUAAACUGUGCGUAGCUCAGUCUUGGUGGAUGUCAUUAGACGAUAGAAACGUCCCCCUGCUAACGAAGUACACUCCUGAUCAAAAUCUUAAAACCAGUUGAAAAAUUGCUAGAAUUUGCAUUUUGCACAUUUGGAUCUCAAUGAGGUUUUAAGUAGAGCUACAGUAUACAAAAGCAAGAAGGGGGAGUGAGACAAAAAUCAUUUGGAACGUGUUAUUUAAACAAAAAAAAAUGAAAUAGGUUGUUUAUCACCUGAUCAAAAGUUUAAGACCACAGGCUAUAAAAGCUAAAAUCUAAAAAUUUUAAUUUUCUGUCAGGCAUACACACCGUCAUGCCCUCCUGAUGGAUAAGGCUAAGAAGCUUUCUCUUUUUGAACGUGGUUGGAUUGUCGAGCUGCAUAAGCAGCUAUCCCAGUUGGGGUGCUUUUUCAUUCAGUGGAACACUGGAGCUUCAGGUGGUGCAGGGUCAUCAAACAGCGGCUGCUUACGUGCAGAUGUUGCAGCGGGCAUUCCUCAUGAGGGCCCUCGUCUGUGUGGUAACAGCUGGGUUUUUCAACAGGACAACGCUGCAGUUCACAAUGCUCGCUUGACCAAGGACUUCUUCAGGGAGAAUAACAUCACUCUUUUGGACCAUCCUGCAUGUUCCCCUCAUUUAAAUCCCAGAGAACAUUUGGGGAUGGAUGGC